AUGGCAGCCAAGUUCUUCGUUAUCGCCAUGUUGGCGGCAGCUGCUCACGGCAGCGCAAUCCACGGCGGAGACUACUCGAGCUUCUCAUAUGGCGUAGCUGACCCACACACCGGAGAUGUUAAGAGCCAGCACGAGACCCGCGUCGGAGACAAUGUUGUCGGCCAGUACUCGCUGCUGGAGUCUGACGGCCACCGCCGCACUGUAGAUUACGCUGCUGGACCUCACUCUGGAUUCAACGCCAUUGUGCGCAGAGACCCUGCUGUGAUCGCUCACGCCGCCCCCCGCGGUCAUUGCUGCUCACGCCGCACCUUUGGCGUACGCCGCUCACGCUAG